AUGACGGCCGAGAUCAAACACACCGACGGCGCCAAGCUGUCUGUCCUGCGAGGCUACGACACGUCCCAUCUCGUCGUCGACGAGACGUGGGAGAAGCAAAAGUCGGGCGAUGUCGAGUUUCCCAAAUCCCAGGCUGUCGCAGCUCAAGACGCCAUUGCCGAAGGUGGACGAACAUAUCACGGCUACAACGCUGGCUCCUAUUAUCUACCAAAUGAUCCUGCGGAACACGAACGACUGGAUCACCAGCACCGCAUGGUACGCCUCAUCCAGCAAGGAAAGCUCGGACUCGCGCCUGUCAAGGAUCCCAAGAAUGUUAUUGACGUCUGCACCGGCACCGGCAUCUGGGCCAUUGAAUAUGCCACCGAACAUCCCGAUUGCACGGUCUUGGGAAGCGACCUGAGCGCCAUUCAGCCCCGCGAGGGCGUGCCCAAUUGCACCUUUAUCCAGCACGACGUCGAGAAGCAAGACUGGGACUAUGGCCGCCAGUUUGAUUAUGCGUACUUCCGCUACAUGGUGACGUGCUUUGACGACAUGCCCGCUGUCCUGCGCAAGGCCCGCGACAGCCUGCGCGAGGGCGGUUACAUUGAGAUUUUUGACACGCCCAUCCAGGCCCUCAGCCUCGAUGGCAGCAUCGACGGCACUGCGCUCGAGGAGUGGGGCGACGUCGGGCGCGCCGCCGGCAAGAAGCUCGGCCGCGACAUGGCCAAGCCGCGGCAGUACAAGCGCUGGCUCGAGGAGGCGGGCUUUGUGGAUGUUGUCGAGACCAUUAUCGCGGCGCCCGUCAAUGAGUGGUGCAAAGACGAGCGUCAGAAGGAGGUGGGCCGCUUCAUGUUUCACGAUUUUUAUGCCCUGGUUGGCGGGCUUAAGAAGCUGGUGCUCGCGGCAGGCUACACGUCGGACGAGGCCGACGACUUUUUGCGCCGCAUCCGCAAGACGCUCGAGGACCCUAAAGUGCACGCCUACUAUGAAAAAUACAUCGUAUACGGCCGAAAGCCCCGUGCGGAUGAAGUCCCUGUCAAGGCUCCCGUGGCCGCCGAGCCGGAGAAGAAGGACAUAGAGGCCGCCGUCCAGUCCGAGAAGCCGUCCGGCUUCGGCGCGAUGAUCUUGUCGUCGCUGGUCAAGUGCAAAGAGUCUCUGAGAAUGACGCUCCGAAACAGGCUCGGCUUGGACGUCUAG